AUGGUUGACAACCCUACAGUAUUACAGGCCGGUCUACUCAAUGUAUUAAAAUCUAUUGUUUAGUUCACAAAGUGAUCAAUUGAUUUUACUGUGAUGUUUAAUUAUAAUUUUAUACACAAUUCUUGUGGCGGUUAUCCAAAUUACGUUUGAAAAGGGAAUACCAAAAAGGAAAUGGCGAUGUCCUCCGGUCUGAAAGGACGGAGAGACAGUGAUGAAGAUUCUGACGUGUACACGCCGCUCUUCAACGACGAGGACUUUGACCAGCGAACCGCACAAGAAACGAAAGGAUGGGACCUGUUCCUCGAAAUCCCCGUGAAGAAGGAGAGUGGCUCCAUGGCCACGACAGAAUGGAUAGAUUUCAGUGUGAAGAUUCUCAAAGUAUUGGCAUAUAUCGCCGUGUUCUCUAUUGUUCUCGGGGCGGCGGUUAUAGCUAAAGGCACGCUGCUUUUCAUUACGUCGCAAUUGAAUAAAGAUCGAGAGAUCAUCAUUUGUAAUAAGGCGUUGGCAUUGGACCAACAGUUUAUCACAGUUUUGACCUUAGAAGAACGGAUAUCAUGGCUGUGGGCUAUUUUCAUCGUAUUUGCCGCCCCAGAAGUUGGAAUCUUACUGAGGUCCGUCAGGAUUUGUUUUUUCAAAACUGUCCCUAAACCGACUAACAUGCUUUUUAUUGUGGCAUUCUUCAUAGAAGCCAUUUACACUUUGGGCGUUGCUCUUUUUCUUCUUCUAAUUCUACCAGAGUUAGAUGUAGUUAAAGGUGCCAUGCUUAUGAAUGCCCUAUGCUUCGUGCCUGGAGUCCUUAAUGCCAUCACCAGAGAUCGUUUCGACCCUCGGUACCCCGUGAAGAUAGCUCUGGACGUGUUGGCUGUGUCGGCGCAAGUAACGUCAUUCGUUGUGUGGCCUCUCUUGGAUGGGACGACUGUUCUGAAGUUGAUUCCUGUUGCCGCCAUUUUUAUAUCGCUUGGAUGGUGGGAGAACUAUAUCAAUGUCGACAUGAAAACUUCUUCGCCAACCGUCCUAUACCUAAAUAGUCUACGGGAGGGCAUCAAGAAAUCGCGUUACCACAUGCAAAGGGUUCUUCCAUUGGCGAAGAUCGUUAUAUUCAUGUUUUGUACCAUGAUAUACUUACAUGUCAAUGAAGACGAUCCUGUGUCGUUCUUUACGUCCGUAGGCGAAGCGUUUGGAGAACGAAAUUAUACAGCGUACGAGGUCCAAGUAGUAAUAAGCGACGUCCUAGAAGGCUUAUUGGACUUUGAAAAGACAGGCGGCACAACGGACAUACCAGUUCACUGGCCAGCCGCACUCUGGGUCGCUCUCAUACAAGUGGCAAGCGCUUACGUUUGCUUCGGCAGCGCUAAGUUCGCCUGCAAGAUCCUCAUACAAAACUUCAGCUUCACAUUUGCUUUGAGUCUUGUUGGUCCGUUGACUAUAAAUCUGUUGAUUGCGUUCUGCGGACUUAGGAAUGCCGACCCUUGUGCUUUCCGACAUACGAUACCGGACUAUCUGUUCUUCGAAAUACCUCCAGUAUAUUUCCUAAGAGACUACGUGGGCCGCGAAAUGGCCUGGAUAUGGCUAUUAUGGCUCAUGUCUCAAGCAUGGAUCACUCAGCACACCUGGCAACCGAAAUGCGGCCGUCUCGCUGCCACCGAUAAGUUGUUCGCCAAACCGUGGUACAGCGGGCCGCUUAUAGACCAAUGUCUGUUGUUGAACAGGACGAAAGAUUGCGACGUUGACGUGGACUAUGACGAAUUAAAAGAGGAAGAUGAGUCAGUGACAAGCUCCGAACGAGAUGCGUAUGACGCCCAUCCAUCAGAUAAUAUUACGAGAAUAUACAUUUGUGCGACCAUGUGGCAUGAAACAAAAGACGAAAUGAUUGAGUUCUUAAAGUCCAUCUUCCGCUUAGAUGCGCACCAGUGUGGGAAACGCAUAGAAAGGAAAUACUUCAAUAUCAUGUCACCAGAUUAUUAUGAGCUUGAGGCACACAUAUUCAUGGACGACGCCUUCGAAGUAUCAGACCACAGCAGCGAAGAAUCCCAAGUGAACCGUUUCGUCAAAUGCCUUAUAGACACCAUGGACGAAGCAGCCUCAGAGGUCCACGCAGCCAACAUCAGACUCAGGGCACCCAAGAAGUACCCCACCCCUUACGGAGGCAGAUUCGUAUGGGUACUACCCGGGAAAAACAAGCUGAUUUGCCACCUCAAGGAUAAAGCGAAGAUAAGACACAGAAAACGGUGGUCUCAAGUCAUGUACAUGUACUAUUUCCUAGGUCACCGCUUGAUGGACUUACAUAUUGCAGUUGAACGUAAAGAGAAAAUCGCUGAGAACACAUAUCUUUUGGCUCUUGAUGGUGAUAUUGAUUUCCAACCUUCGGCGGUGACUUUGCUGAUAGAUUUGAUGAAGAAGGAUAAGAAUUUGGGAGCGGCUUGUGGACGUAUUCAUCCGGUUGGAUCAGGUUUCAUGGCAUGGUACCAAAUGUUCGAGUACGCCGUCGGCCAUUGGCUGCAGAAGGCGACGGAACACAUGAUCGGCUGCGUACUCUGUAGCCCUGGCUGCUUCUCACUCUUCAGAGGCAAGGCUCUCAUGGACGACAACGUUAUGAAGAAGUAUACGCUCACGUCGCACGAGGCGAGGCAUUAUGUACAAUACGAUCAAGGUGAAGAUCGAUGGCUUUGCACCCUCCUUCUACAGCGCGGGUACCGAGUCGAAUAUUCAGCCGCGUCCGAUGCCUACACGCACUGUCCGGAGUCAUUCGGAGAAUUCUACAACCAACGGCGACGCUGGGUACCAUCCACUAUGGCCAACAUUCUUGAUCUACUUGGCGAUGCCAAGCAAACCGUCAAAUCUAAUGAUAAUAUUUCGACACUGUAUAUUGCUUAUCAGAUGUUAUUGAUGGUGGGUACGAUCCUGGGCCCGGGCACUAUCUUCCUCAUGAUGAUUGGCGCUAUGAAUGCCAUCACUGGGAUCAGCAAUGUCAACGCGCUCAUAUGGAACUUCAUACCCGUCGUGCUGUUUAUUACUGUCUGCAUGACUUGCAAGUCUGAAACACAGCUAAUGCUUGCAUCGGCCAUAACAUGUAUAUACGCCAUGUUAAUGAUGAUGGUCAUAGUCGGAAUAGCUCUCCAAAUGGUCGAGGACGGUUGGCUAGCUCCUUCUAGUAUCUUCACCAUAAUAACAUUCGGCAUUUUCUUCAUAACGGCCGCGCUGCACCCUCAAGAGAUCAUAUGUUUGUUGUAUCUGGUCGUGUAUUAUAUCACGAUUCCGAGCAUGUACAUGUUGCUGAUUAUAUACUCCUUGUGCAAUUUGAAUAACGUGUCGUGGGGUACUCGAGAGGUUGCGCAGAAGAAAACUUUAAAAGAAAUCGAGCAAGAGAAAAAAGAAGCAGAAGAAGCCCAAAAGAAAAUGGACACACAGAGCGUUAGAAAAAUGUUCGGUCACUCAGACGACGAAACGGGUUCCAUGGAGAUGAGCGUCGCCGGCUUAUUCAAGUGCAUGUGCUGCACUAACCCGAAGGACCAUAAGGAGGACUUGCAUUUGCUGAAAAUCUCGAAUGAGCUGGAGAAGAUUGGGAAGAAAUUGGACACUCUCGGCGCCGUUACCGAAGCAUCCGAAGCCCCGAGGCGGCGGUCCACCUUGCAUUUGCGGGAGACACAUUUAUUGGAUGAUUUUGAAGAAGAGGAUGACGUUUCUGCUGACACACCCAGGGAAGAGAGAGACGACCUGAUCAACCCCUACUGGGUGGAGGACCCUGACGUGAAGAAGGGAGAGGUGGACUUCUUGAGUACUGCUGAGAACCAGUUCUGGAAGGACUUGAUCGACACCUACUUGAGACCUAUUGAUGAAAAUAAAGAAGAACAGGCUCGUAUCGCAAAAGAUUUGAAAGACCUCCGCGACAAGAUGGUGUUUGCGUUCGUGAUGCUGAACGCGCUGUUCGUAGUCGUCAUCUUCCUGCUGCAACUCAACCAGGAUCAGUUGCACUUCCAGUGGCCUUUCGGACAGAAAGUCGACAUUGCGUAUGACGACGAAUCUAAUUUAGUACUAAUCGAAAACGAGUACUUGAUGUUGGAGCCGAUCGGGUCGUUGUUCCUGAUAUUCUUCGGUUCCGUGAUGCUGAUCCAGUUCACCGCCAUGCUUUUCCACCGGAUGGGCACUCUAACGCAUCUCUUGUCCACGGUCAAGCUGAAUUGGUACUGCACUCAGGCGCCCACCAAUUCAACCCAGCAAGACGUCCUAGAGACCCAAGUGUUCGACAUAAUCAAAGAGUUGCUCAACAAUAAGAAGAUAACAGACGACCCAGUAGCAGACGACGGUAUCGACGCGACGCAUGUGUCGAGACGGAAGACUAUUCAGAAUCUGGAGCGGCGGCGGACGGUGAAGCCGAAUGAAGUUAAUCUGGAAGCUAACUUUGAGAAAAGGCUAUCGUCUGUCAUUCAGAAUCCUAAAUCUGAGAUCCUCGCCCGGCUACCAUCGCUGGGCGGCACAGAGGCCGCGCGGCGACUCACUCUUCGUGCGCUGCAGGCGCGUCGAGACUCCGUGAUCCAAGAACGACGCAAAUCACAAGGCCAGCUCGGUCAAACCAUCCCGCUCCGCCAAGAUCUAGGCCGGCCGUCCACCUCAGGCGCAUACGUGAACAAGAGCUACGAGCCAGCCUUCGACAGCGAUGAUGAGUCGCCGCGCCUGCCGCGACGCAGCACUGUGAGAUUUAGAGAACCGACAGAUUUGAUGUAAACUGUAUUUAUUAGUCAAUAGAUUUGGAGUUAGUGCCGUAGCUUGGUUGUUUUAAUUGACUAUCUUCGCACGCAAUUCCGAGUACCCGCUCUUGAAGAGCCUGUCAACUUCAGGCGCAUACGUGAACAAGAGCUACGAGCCAGCCUUCGAUAGCGAUGAUGAGUCGCCUCGCCUGCCGCGGCGCAGCACCGUGAGAUUUAGAGAACCGACAGAUUUGAUGUAACUGUAUUUAUUAGUCAAUAGAUUUGGAGUUAGUACCGUAGCUUGGUUGUUUUAAUUGACUAUCUUCGCACGCAAUUCCGAGUACCCGCUCUUGAAGAGCCUGUCAACUUCAGGCGCAUACGUGAACAAGAGCUACGAGCCAGCCUUCGACAGCGACGAUGAGUCGCCGCGCCUACCGCGACGCAGCACCGUGAGAUUUAGAGAACCGACAGAUUUGAUGUAACUGUAUUUAUUAGUCAAUAGAUUUGGAGUUAGUACCGUA